GUUGAGUUAUUACUUAUUAAUUAAUAGUUAAUUAUGUGUCUCCAGUUUUAUCAGUUAAAUCGUGAUCGAUAUGAAUUAUUUAAAUUAAUAUAAAUAAUUAUAAUGAUUUAUAUAUUCUUGAUUUUAAAUUAUAAAUUAAUAUUUUGAAAUUUGCGUAAUGUUUUGUGUAUUCAAAUUUAAUUAAAAACCUUCAUGUUGUAUAAAAGUUAAACUAAUGUACAGAUAUGAGGUAGCAUUAAUGAUGAAUGAAAGACGAUUAACAAAUAGUUUUAAAAGUUACAUUGGCUUAGAUGAUAAUGAACAGGUAAAGUUUAUACUUUAUGUAUAAUUUUUUUCAAAUGUAGCCUAAAUAUGUUUAAUUUGAAUUAAAAAUUAGAACCUUAAACUUCCCUAUAAUAUAUUAACUUGCAUCAAGUUUAUGAUGCAAAUGCAGUUUAUAGUCUAAUAAGACAUUUUGCAGUAAAUACCAUGUUUCUUUUCAUAAUAAUCAAUACUUUCAAGUAAUUUAAUUUAUAGCUUGCGUUACUACAGUACUGCUAGGUACAUACAAUGAAACUAAAAUUUCAUAACUAAAAUGGUUUAACAUUUUGAAGAAUUAAACUAGUAUAUAAUGAGUUUAAAGUCUCAUUUUUCAAAUUUCGAGAAUUUGGUAAACAAUAACCCAAACACAUAACAAUAUUUCAAUAUUAUGUUAUGAAAAGUACAGUACCUCAAUGACAAUUCACAUUUGUUGAGAUUAUUACUUUAUUUAGAAUCAGUUAAAUAUGGAGAAAUUAUUAUAGGUACUACAAUAAUAUAUUUGGUUCAGGGAAGGCGAGCUUAAGUCAAUUUUUGGUAUUUUUAAAAAAUAAUUUUGUUUCCUUUUUUAUUUAUCUAAUUCACAUAAAUAUAUUUUAAAAAUUGAAUUUGCUUGUAAUUACACAAUACUAACGUAAGCUCUUUUGUCUUGGGACACAAAUUAUGAUUCAAUAGUUUCAGUACCUAAAAAAUGUGAAUAACAAUUUUAAUUUAUUUUCCCUUUUAAAUAAUAUAAUAAUUCACACAUAAUAAGAAUAAAUAGGUAUACCUAAAUAAACUGUGUAACAUAUACUUCUAAACAUUUCAUUUUACAAUUAAUUGUUUUAUUUAUAGCUCACAUUUUCUAUAAUAUCUCAAUAAAAUCUAUUAAAUCUUAAUAAUAAAUUUAAUAUUAUAUUUUUCAGAUUUCAAGCUGUGAAACCUCAUUUAUUGAGCAAGAAUUCUCACCUAAACUUCAUCCAGGUACUUUUAUAUAUUUGUAUUGAGAAAUAGUUCAUAGCAAAUAGGGUCUUUUUUAUGGUUAGAUUAAUUGCUUUUAUUUUGGGUAUACUCGUCUAAUCAUAAUAACUGAAUUAUUCUGUUCAGAAUAAGAACGUACCGUGCAACGGACUUAAAUCGGUCCGUGUGCAUGCAUGUCUCUACUAACUUAUUAUUAUUAACCAAUCACAGAAUGUCUGGAUUCGCGUAGCAGUGUGUUCUUAUUCUCAACGGAGUAUAGAAUUGAAAUUUAUUUGAGUCAUAUGUAAAUAGGAUGCAAUAUUUGUACUGAACUAAAUAUAAGCACUUAAAAUGAUAAAAUUUUUUUAUUAAUAUUUAAUAGGUAUUAAUCUCAAUUAUUGUGUUUGAUUGUAGUUUUCUAAAUGUUUAAAACUAGUUGAAUAAUAAAUAUUUAAAAUUAAAUCUAAUUAUUACAAGUUUAGUUUUAUUUAACAGAUAAAAUGCUUUUUGUUUAUAAUAAUAUAGCAUAUAAUACAAUAAUACAAUUAAAAAUAAAAAAUAAUAAUUAACAUCAAAAGUUGUAAAUAUUUCAUAUAUAUAUUUAUUAUUUUACCUAAGUAUAUUUCAUAUUUUCAUAUUUUAGGUGAAACGAUAGUUGCAGAAGCCCGAAAUGUGUAUCUGUUCACUCCAGUCAAUGAAGAAAAAAUUAGUCAAUCAGGUGUUUUGUUUGUCACAAAUUUCCGACUUUCAUUUGUUACCUGGCGUGAAAAAAAUUUUGAAGUAAAUUUUCAUUAAGUAAUUAAUUUCUUAUAUUUGUAAUAUAUAUUUUAUUGCAUACAUUUGUUUCAGGAAUCAUUGUAUCAAGAAAAUUUGCUUUUGGGUCAGUAUGAUGUAUGCCUUUCCAAUAUAGAUAUUAUUUAUUUGUUAACAGGAGAUAAAAAGAAAAGAAUCAUGACAGAUCAUUGUUUUAAUGAUAAAGUCAAUGGAUUACAUAUUUUAUGCAGAGUAAUAGAAAUAAUAUCUCAUUUUAAAACAAUUGGUUUAUUUUUUAAUUAUUAUUUUUACAAUUAUAUAUAAAAAUAGAAUAUGCGCACCCUGUCAUAUAGCUUUAAAUCUUUGACAAAUGGGCAUGGGAAAAAAUUAGCAAAUGCAUUAUUACAUCAUGCAUUUCCGAAGAGACAUCAACUAUUAUUUGCUUAUGAUUACAGGUAAUUUCUUAUUAAUCAUAAUUAAAAAAUUGUACAUUCAAUAAAUUUUAUUAGAAAACAUUUUACAAUCAUGAAAUAAAUAAAUUAGUAACUAUAAAAACUAUACAUCAGUUUAUAAUAGUAAAAAGAAGUCUCUUAACAUUUAUAAAACUUGAAAAAGGGGUAAUUUUAAUAUUUUUUUAAACUUUACUAGUUUGAAAACCUAGUAAAAACUAUUAAAAUUGUCUAUAAUAGGCACUAAAAUUUACAUUUAUAAUGUAGAGGACCAAAUGUACAAAGAAGGACGUAUUCAACACCAUCAUUUAGAUGUCAAGAUGAUUGGGAAAAAGAACUUAAACGUACAAAAUGUUUUGGUUGGACAUUAAAUUCAUCCAAUAAUAAAUUCCAGUUAUCAACUAAGUAGGUUAUAUUAUAGUUUUCGAAUCAAAAAUAAUUAUAAUAUAAUGAAAUAUUUUGUUAACAGCCUACCACAAUUCAUUGUUAUUGGAUCCGCAGUUAUUGACAAUCAGUUGCGAAUAGCCAUGCAACAUUUUAGAAAUGAAAGAUUACCAACUUGGUGUUGGAGCACUGUAAAUGGAGCAGCAUUAUCUAGAAAAUCAGAUGUUGUAGAUCCAUCAAAUCUGACUCAAGAAAAUGCUAUGUUGGAAAUAGUAAGAAAAUCGCAUCCUUGCCUUGCAAGACCUUUUAUAAUGGAUUUAACUAAAAUUUUACCAUCACCAAAAGAUGUUAGUCAAAGCUUUAUAAAAUUACGAGAACUAUGUGCUCCUGGUUAGUCAACAUUUCUAAUAAAUUAUUUGUGUUAACAUUCAAUUAAUAAUAAAACUUAACAAUUGAUUAGAAAGCACACGACAGUUUUGGGUCCAGGAUAAUCAUUUUUACUCACUUUUGGAAAAAAGCAAAUGGUUACAAUAUGUCUCCAGUUGCCUUGGCUCUGCUUUUGAAACUGCCUAUAAACUUAAUGGCAACACAUCUGUUGUAUUACAGGGUAUGUAUGCAUACUUAAAUUUAAAUAUUAUCAUUAUUCAUGAUAAUUAAUGAAAGUUUGACAUUAAAACAUAUACAAGGUGAUUAAUUAUAUUUGCUCAUCUCAUUUGUACAGUUAAAUUUUCCAUAUGUUUAAAUUAUAAUUUUAAGAUUUAAUUUAAUUUAAGUGUACUUAGAUAAAAUUGAUAUUUUCUUAUACAAUAGUUUUUAAAAUAAAAACUUACACGUUUUAAUGCAAAUUGUAAAACAAAUGAUUUUUUUAUAAAUGUUAACAUAAUGCAAUUGAAAUUUGAAUUAAAAGUUUCUGAGUUAAUCUACCUUAAAUACUUAGGAUAACUGCAAUCUAAAAAGCAUCAGGGCUUUGGCGGCGUGGUGAGUGGUGUUUUCAUAGUGCUCUGCUAUUCUUCCCUUACGCAAACUUAAAUUGGAGUAUCUCAUCAACGGGUUGAUGGAAAUUAAACUACAUUUAUUUAAACUAAUAAAAUAUGAAUAGAAUAUUUUAUAUAGGUUCUCAUUUGAAAAACCAAAGUUGGUGUUACCACAGUAUACUUCUUAAUUGCUGAGAAAAUAUUGGUUUUGACUACACUUAAAAAUUCUAAAAAUCAGGGUUUAAAUAUUUGCAAAAUAUAAUCAUACAAAUGGAGUGAGCAUGCUUAAUGAAUUACCCUAAAAUACUUAGUAGUUUAGAAAAAAACGCAAUUUAUUAUUUAAUAUAUUUACAGUUUAUACUGACUUAAUUAAUGUUAAAACCUUAUAAAAUUCCAACUAUCUUAUAUUUUGAUGGGUAAACCUAUAUUUUAUACUGGGAUAUUACUAAAAAAUGUUCGUUUUACAUGGAAUUUUGUUUUAUUUUAAAAAGUUUUAUUAAAAUUUUAUAUUAGUUAAUUGUAGUUUUUUAAAUCCUAAACAAUUAAUUUGUUUUUCUUGGGUUUUUCAACUUUAAUGUUAGUUCAUUACAGGUUUGUGUAUUAAUAAGGAAAUUAUUUGAAUGAAACUUUAUUUUUACGGAAAAUAUUUCUUAUCAUGCUAUUAAGAAAAUGACAUGCCCACUUGACGACACAAAAAAAAUUGCAUUUAACUGGGACAUUUCAGUGCUGUGAAUUUUAAUAUUAGAGUAAAUUUAUUUAUUAAUGUUCUUAUAGGUAAAGUAUUUCAUAUACUUACUUAAAAAUAAAAAUAUCAUAAAAAAAUAAAAAUCAUAUACUCAAAUUUUAGUUUGAUAAUAGGUCAAUUUAUUUUAAUAUUAAAAUUAAUCAGAUAAGAGUUAUUCUUGCUGAAUGUAAAUCUUCUAUAAAACAGUUCCUAAGACAGGAAUGUAACAUGACAAAAUAAUGUAAUCAUAUUUAAUUUUUUUUUUUUUUAAAUAGUAAAAUUAGAUUUUAAGUUUAGUUUUAGGUAGAAUUUUAAUUUUAAUAAAGAAAUUAUUUUUGUUAUAUUUAACAUUUUAUUCUUUUUAGAAAGAGAUGGGCGUGAUUUGUGCUGUGUGGUUUCAAGUUUAGCACAAUUGAUGAUAGAUUCAUAUUUUAGAUCAAUUGUGGGGUUACAAACAUUAAUCCAAAAAGAAUGGGUAGUAAUGGGCCACCAAUUUUGUACAAGACUUGGACAUAUCAAUAACACUGAUUCACUUAAAGUAAAGUAUUAAUUAUUGAAUAAUUUCAUUUAUUUAAAUUAGUGUAUUACACGGUAAAAUUGUUUUACUAUUAAAUAGUAAUAGUAAAAUUUAUGUUAAAAAAAAUAUAUAUAUAUAUAUAAAUAUGAUGCAAUAUUAUAUUCAAAAUGAAUAGAAUUUACAAAAAAUGAAUAUGAAAAUCUUAGAUAUGCAUAAUUAAAUUACAUAAUUGAAAUUUUUACUUUAAUAAUUAUAAUGGUUUAAUGUUUUCUCAUUUAAGAAUUGUAUUUUUCUUCAUGACAUGUAGUCCAAUCAAAUAUAAAUUCAUCACAAUCAUGUUCAUACAUACCUGCUAAAUAUUCUACACAUCUUUGUAAAUCAUUUUUUAUUAUCUUAGGAAUUUCCAGAGUAUUUAUACUUUGUGCACGUUUAUUAAUAACUAUUCUUGUUGCAAUGGUAUAUUCACAAAGUUCUUUUAAUGUAUAUAAUGGAGUUGUUAUUUUAACUUCUAAUGAUGGGCUAUCAGAUUUUGGCUGAUUAAAUAAUUUUUUUCCAUUUCCUAAGAGAUAUCUUUUUGUAAUAUGAUCUACAAAUUUCCAAGUAGUAUUAUCUUCUAUGUAACCAUCAAGGACAUAGUGAGGUUCAUCAUACAGUAAAUAAGUUUCCAGUUCAAAAUCAUCAUCAAAUGGUCCUUUUUUCCAUAAAAUAACAUCUGCUCCAAUACAAUUUACAAAUCGAACCCCACUUUCACUUUUAUCCAUAAUCUAUAACAUUUUUAAGACAUAUUUUUGAUCAUUACUUGUAUUUACUUAUCUUAAUUUUGAUUAAAUAUUUGAUUUAAAUAAUAAAUUAAAAAUUAAACUUACAGUUUAUUAAUUCAGGUUUUUGUUUAUGGUAUUAUUGAAAUUCUUAACUAAUAGUUUUUGAGUUUUGUAUUAUAGGGCCUGUGGUAAAUUCUACUUUUUUGUUUAAAAUAUGUUGUUAUUACCAUGGUACAAUUCUAUUCACUUAUUGGAUUUUUGUUUUCACAAUGUGUGUUUUCAUAUGCACAAUAAAAAUGUAAAAGAAGUCUGAUGAGCUUCAAUUUAGAAGUUAUGGUGGCAAAAUUUUGUUUUUCCAUAAUAUGAUUUUUAAAAAAAAUAUUUCUCAAAUUGUAUAGUUUUUAAUGGUUAAUCCAUAAAUAAAAUCAACUUGUUUAUUAAGUUUUUACCUAAACAUUUUUUUAAAUCCAAGUAUAUUUUUAGUAUGUGCUUUUUACAGCUUAUGGCAUUUUACAUGAGCUUGUGAAGCAAACAAAUGACAGUGGCCGAAGAAUAUUAGAUUAAACAAUUUUUAAAACCAAAAUUCCAAAUUAAGUUUGCCUAAUUUUUUACAUUUUUAUUGUAACUACAUGUGAAAACAAAAGUUUUGAAAUUAAGAAAUUCAAUAUAUUGCUUAUAAUUGUUCUAAAUCAAUGACUUGUACUAUGAUUUAAUUUAAUUAAUUUAUAUUUUUUAAAAGUUAACACCAAACCGCUUUUACAAUGGGAAUGACAUAAAAAAGAAUAACUAUAUAGUAAAGUAAAUAUAUAACAAUAGACGAUUAGUAAAGUAAACAAAAGAAAAUAUAACUCGAGCAAAAUACAAUUAAUAAGAAAUGAAUACAAAACAAAUUAAUUAAUGAUUAUAGUUUCUGAGCAUGCGGUAUGGUUUGUGGUUAUGAUGGAAGAAAGUAGAGUGACUAGAGAAUGAUGACUGGUUGUGAGUAGAGUAUGAGAGGGAGAGAGAGGAAACUUUAAAACAGAUUUUUUAAAGAAUAUCAGCAUCCAGAGACCCAUCUAAAAGAGAGACAAUAAAUUUCUGAUCGGCUGCAAUCUGCCAUUAGGAGAGAGUUUGAAUUUGAAGAGUGUUACGGAUGAGUGAAUAGUCAUGAUUGGUAACUGGAAUCUUGAGGAUGUGGGAGGCAUAUAAAAGAAAUCUGUUUUGAACAUGUUCAAGGUGAAGUUGAUAUUUUACAAGAAAAGAGUGCCAUAUAAUAACACUGUACUCAAAGUGUUCUAACAAGUGCUAAUUCCUAAAGAGACUGGUAAAAAAAUAUAUACAUUUUAUGAUAGGUGCAUACUUUAAAUAAUGUACCAAUUUUUAAUUUUCUACACUCUUACAAUAAUCUAAGAAUUAUAAAAUUGCCUAAAUUCAACUUCUCAAGGUGAUCCAUUUAAACAAUUUGUAUACAAUGAAAUAUAACAAUUUCGUCAAAAUUGAUUUAGAUUAUUCUUUUUUUAAAUUUAAUUAAUUGAUAUAUUUUUAAAAAAAAUACGUAGGUAUAUUGUAUAUACAUUUGCAUGAUAUAUCAUAUAUUAGGGUAUAUUUUAUUUUAUAAUUUCAACCAAAAACUAUGAUAUGAUUUGUGAGUUUCGUUUGGUGAUUAUUUUUGUAAAAUAAAGUUUUUCCAAAAGAAGUUUCCAUUUUAUUAAGUUUUAUAAAAAUGUUUUUGGAUUUAUUUACCUUUUUUAUACAUAAAAGAAUGGGGUUUUUUUUAAUGAUACUAUUAAUCUUUUUGAUAAUAUUUUUUCAUAGUUCUAAAUACUCGUGUGUUCCCACAUCACUUGUUUAUUAAUUUUUGGUUAUAGGAGGUAAAUGAGGUUUAUAUUGUACUUAGAUGUACUCUCCCCCUCCAUAUUAUUUUCAAGUUACUGCCUUGCAUGCAAUUGGUUACUAACUAACAUGUUGUCUAUAGAUUGAAAUGUAAAUAAAUUAACCAAGUAUACAGUAGUUGUCAUAAUCUAGACAUCUAGUUCUAGUUUAAUCAUAGCUAAUCUUUCUAGAAAUCAUGUUACUAGAUAUUAUUACUAUGGCCUAUUGAAUAAUUUAACCAUUAUAAAUGUUUGUACAUUUGAACAAAUAAUUCUGUAUAAUACAGUCGACUUUUGAUAUAACAACUGAAAUCUGCUAUUCCCUUGAAAAUCUUAUAAUGUAAUGAAAAAUUAAAUGUAUUUUUUGGUUCUCUCGAUGCAAUAAAGUUUUUUUGGUCAACUUUUGUAAUGUACGAAAUUUUUAUAAUUUUGAAGCUUGAUCUGCUAGUCUAGUGUAUAUUAAGUCAUUAUUAAUAACUCAACAAAAAGUGCACAUCUAAUAAAAAUUAAAAAUAAAUAGGUUGUGUUACAAAGUUUUUCUAGCAUUCAUAUUGUAAUUACAUUGUCACUAUUAAGAUGUCGAUAAAUUUUAAAGUACAGAAAUAUGCUUUAGUCUUUACAUUACUGUUCAUAUUAUAUAUAUAUAUAUAUUAUGACUCAUGUAUUUUAUAAAUAUUGUGAUUUAACUGUGUAUAUAUUUAUAUGUAUGUUACUAUUAUUUAAUGUAAGUAAAUACCUACUGUAUUUGUAGUAUAUUCAAUUUAAAUUUUGAAUUGUCCUUUAAAUCUCGUUAAACCAAACUUUUUUAUCCGUCCCUUGAAAUUCGUUAUGUCACGACUUGAAUGUAUUUCCUAUUAAUAUUUUGAUAAUUUGAUGUUAAAAUAUUUUAAUACAAAAUUAAUACCUUCAAUCUUGUUAUUUUCUAGUCAAAGGCCCAUUAGUUAAUUGUAGUUAAUUUGUAUAUUAAAUAUUUUAAAUAUAAUUAGUUAAAAUUUUUAUUUUAAAUAAUUAAUAAUCAAAAACCAACUCACCAAAAAUGAAUGAUAAGAUUUAAAAUCAUAUGGCCAAGGUAGAUAAAUCUACCUUAAUAUGACUGUUAAACGGUGAAAAUGUAUUAUUUUUGAGAUAAUACUUGGUUUUUACAUGGAACUAAGAUAAUAUGGAAAACAUUUCUUCAGUCGAAUUUUGAAACUGAGCUUUUGAGGAGGUGGAACACAGAGAUUCAAUCCAAAUAUCGAAAAGAGAUCACAGCCGCGCACGCAACACGCAUUCACUCAUAUAUUGAGUGCGUUCUGAUUGGACGCUUACAGUGCUCACACUUAUGCCCAUGCUCAUGAUUCGUUUCAUUAGCAAACAAACACAUACAAUCGCUUUGCUUACACUUCAAAUGUAACAACAAGAUAUCGCAAACGCUUACGCAGCAUUAGUUAUUUCGUUCGAGCGUUUGUGAGCACGGAUGUAUGACAGAGAUAUAAUGAUAUCGCUGUUGUACUGUGAUAAGUGUGAACGCUUAUAUGUAUCAGUUGGAACACACCAGGAACGCUCGUGAGCGCUUGAGCCUUGAAGCGUCCAAUCGGAAUGCAGUAACGCACCAAUUGUAGAGUUGGGUGGGUUUAAUUUGCUGAUCUGGUGAACUGGAACACAGACUACUUUAGCGCUACCGGUGGUUUUAUUUAGCAAUACAAAUUAAAUAAUUCAGCAAAUUUUGCUUAUCUGCUUUCACAUCUGUAAAACCACCAGAAAUUAUGGUAUUUUGUACAUUACGUUAUAACGGACGCAAUUUUAAACGAAGAGUCCCUAUUAUCUUAAAUCUUAUCAUUAAACACUAAUAUUUCUCAAAUUGAAACUUGAUUGAUCAAAAUAACAGAACAUUUACAUUAUUACUUUUAGUCUUUUAUAAUAACUAUUAAUUAUUUAUUCAUGUUUUUAUUUUAGUUCAUUAUUUUCUAAAGUAGAUGCAUACAUUAAAUAAUUCAAGUUUUAAUAAUACUUAUAUAAUGUAAUUUAGUAUACUUUGAAAAGUAACAUACAGUAUUUAAAUUCAAGAUUCGUCACAAAGUUUAAACAACUAAAACUUGUGUUGAUUUUUUUUUGUAUCUAUUAUUUUAAUUAGUAAGUGUUAUUCAAACAAAAUAUUUCUAAAUGAACUAAAGUAUAUAUAUUAAUAGUUCUUACAUUUUUUAAUAGAUAUACUCCUGAUGAAAGAUUUUCAAACUAUGGAUCUCUUAAAAACUCUCUUUUGUAUAACCUUUUACUUUUAUGCUUAUAUAUGUUAUGUGUUCAUGGUCGGAACUACCAAUAGCUCAGCCAAAUCCCAGCAUAAGUUGAAAUCCAAACACUUUUUUCGGUCUCCCUCUCUUGCUCUUUUCUCCUAAGUUUAUUUUCAUUACAAUUCUUACCAUUUCUUCAACAUUCUUCCUAUAUAGGUACAUAUGUUGUUUAAAACUAUGAAAUAAAUCUAUUAUGUGAUUGAUUUUACAAUUUUAGAAUACAAAAUUCAGAAUUUUAAAAUUUUAACCCUCUGCCAUUCUCUAGUUUAAAGCAUUUACUUUUUAAUACUUAAUUUCUUAAACAUUCCUUAACUUAUAUCAAAAAAUAUAAUAAUAAUAAUUCAAAUAUUAUAUAUAUAUAUUCGUGUCAAACAACCACAUAAAAAUAUAAACAUAAACCUAAACAUAUUAUCAUUAGUGGCGUAUUGAUAAUAUAUAAUAUCAAUUUGAUCAUUUUCAAAUAUAUUUUUUUAUAAUUAAAUAAUUACUUACCCAUGUUAUUAUUAUUUUUAUUACUAAUGAAAAAUCAUAAAUACACAUGUUUCGGAGGUUACAAAUUAAUACUCGUGCCAAUUCUUCAUUCUUUUUACCAUUAUUCCAUUUUGCUUUGCCCAUAUUAGUAUAUUGAACAUAAAAAAAUAAGUGGAAAGUAGGUCAGUGGUGAACUAAAAGUGUUCUAGUUUCACAAUUUUUCAUCUAUGUUCCCAUAGAUAACAGCACAGCACAGGGAUUAAACUAUAUAUCCACUAUAAAAAUGCUAAAAUUAUGAGGACAUGAUAGUACUGUAGUAGUGUUAUAUUGUUACUGUACUAAAAAAUACAAAGAUUCAAAAAUUAUAUUUUACAUGUUUUCACUUUACACAGUGCAUAGUUUUUUGUUUUUUUUUUCAUCCAUAUUAUCUAGUUAGCUCAUCCUCUUUCAAGCCAAUAAUAGACCUUCGGACAGUCAUAGACAUAGACUCUUUAUUUUAAAUUGUUAUCACAUUUUUAUUUCUGUUUAUUAUUUAUUUUUUGUUUUUCAUUUCAUCUGUUUAACUAAAGUAACCCAACAAAAAUAAUUUAAUUUUCAUACCGUAAAUACCUUAGAACCUUUCUUCCUCUUCUAGGUCAUUAAUCGAGAUGACAACUAUCAUAUCUUUUAAGUUAAACCAAAUCACAUACAUAGAGCAUUAUCUUAUUAAAAUCGGUUGAUUCAAUUCAGGGUGCAUUGCACGUAAACUCGUAUGUGUGGUUUUUAUAUUUUUGUUUAAAUUUUUUUACUGAAUUAAAUUUACAAUCUAUUUUUUUUUUUUUGUACAAUAAGUAGGUUUGAUGUGUAAAUAAAAGUAGUUAAUAAGAAUAAUAAGAUUAGGGAAGAUACCCAGUGGUUUUUUAUAUUUAAGAUAUAAAAUUAUACAUAAUACCAUGAAGUGUAUACAUUUCUUUGCUAAACUAUAUUUUAUAUUUUGCAGUCACCAUUGUUGUUAUUGUUUUUGGAUUGUGUUUGGCAAUUACUUCAACAAUUUCCUACAAAGUUUGAAUUUACUGAAACGUACUUAACCACUCUUUGGGAUACAUCACAUAUUUCCAUUUUUGACACAUUUUUAUUUGACUGUGAACAAGAUCGUCAUCAUGCUACUAAUGUUUGUAUUUUUAUUUGAUAGUUAAUACAUGAAAUUUACAAAAAAAAAUGUAUUAUUUAGGAUGGUACAAAUCCUCUAAUAUUACGGUCAAUAUGGAACUGGGAAGAACAGUUCUUGGAUCGUGAUUUAAUUCAAUUUCAUAAUCCUCUUUACAAUGCCUCAAAUGCAAAGGAUGAACUAUUGAAAGUGUCUACUGAAAUUUCUUGUCUUAAUAUUUGGACACAAUGUUACUAUAGGUUUUUACCAACUUUAGAAAUAUCAAAUGGGGGUAAACCAUUAGUAAGUGAAAAUUAAGCCUAAUUAUUUUAAAAUCAUUUUUUAUAUCUUUGUUUUUUUUUAUUUUUUUUAGGAAGAUAUUGCAAUUAGAACAAUAAUAAAUGAGAGUGUGAAACAUUCUAAAUCUUCACAAAAAGUGUGUACCCCACCUAACAUAGGAUCAUUUUUUCCAUUUACACACUGGAGAUCUAGUACAUCGGUUCCUCCUUCAACUUUAACAAUUAGUUCUUUAUCAUUAAAUACUAGUGACUUUCAAAUGGAAACAUCAUUGGUUGAAAUAACAGAACAUUUAUAGUAUUACAUGUAGUAUUUUAUAGCAAUUACUAAUUCUUUGUUCAGUUUUUUAUAAUAGUUCAGUAUUUUAUAUUUAUUUUUUUGGCAGGUUAACCUUAUAUAUUAUGUACCUUGAAUACAUUUAUUAAUUAAUUCUAAUACUAAUACAAUUUAAUAUACACUUUGAAAAAGUAACAUUCAGUAUUUAAAUUCAAGAUUCAACUCAAAUUUAAAUAACUAAAUCUUAUGUUGUUUUUUUCAUCUAGAAUUGUAAUUUAGUUUUAUUAUUAUUGAAUGUUAAGACAAUUUAUUUAUUAAUUAAUAUAUGUGCUGUUACCUAACUGUUAUUAAUUAUACAAUUAUGAAUUUAUUUAUUUCUACACUCUUUUUAUAGUUAAAUUUUUUUUAAUAUUAUAUUUUUGUAAGGUAUGUUGUAUUGUUAAGUUUAUUUUGAUAUUAUAUAUUUAUUAUUUCACCAGACAAAAAUAUUAGUACAAAUACAAUAUGCAUGUAUGAAAAUCAAAAUGUGAUAUAAUAAACAGGCAAUUUUUUUUUUUUUAACAAUAUUAUAGUUUAUUUUACAUACUUUUUACUUUUAUACAUGGUUUAUAAGGUUUAUUUAUAAAUAGGUCAUUACAAUAAACUUAAGAUUGUUAUAUCAAUUAAAAUAAUACAAAAUUACAGAUUAUAUUUAAGACAAGGAAAUUGAUAAUUAAUUAUAUGAAUAUCCUUUUAUAGUUUUUAUUUACAAUCAAUACUAUAAAUAUCUAAAACUGAUAUAUUAUUUCAGUUGAUCAUUAUAAAAAAAAUGUACUUUCUUACAGAUUGAUCAAAUAAUAUGCUUAAAGUGUAGACAUUUGAAUAGACUAGUUAAAAUUCUAUUUACAUAUUUGAAUAGAUUAUUGAAAAAAAGCUUUUUAAAUAUAUGUUUAUUAUGCUUCUUAAAACAUGAUGCUAUUUCUAAGCAUAGUUUUAUUUUCCAACUGACUUUUUAAAAAUAUAAAACAACAGAAUAAAUUUACUUCAAUUUUAAAUAAUUUAAUUUUGGAUACACUUUAUUAAAACACCAAUGAUAUAUUUAUAUAAAAAAAAAAACUAAUAUAUGAUUAUUACAAUAUUGAUAUAUAAAUUUUAAAUUGUAUUUUAUGUUAGACCUACUUAUAGGAUAACACAUUUAAUCUGUAUCCAUUUGUUCAUCUGACGAUUCUGAAGAUUCUGAACUAGAUUCAUCAGUCGACAUGCUAUCAUCAGAACUAGAGUCUGAAGUCACGGAUUUUAAUAUAUCGUCAUUACGAAUGACAUUCCAUUUCUUCAAUUUUUUUAUAUCUGCAAUAAUUUUUAUUGAAAAAAUAUACGUAAUGAAUUUAUUACAAUACAACAUAUUAAAUUUACCUAAAGAAUAAAAAUCGUUAAGUGUUAAUGACUUGGAACCUUUUUCCACAAUUCCACCAAAGACAUAUAAAAUAUUAUGUUUAAAUGCUAUUCCGCUGUGUGAUCUUGGAGAUGGAGAUUCUGAAUCUAUUGAACAUUGAGCUACUUCAGAAUCUAGUUUAUUUGACUUAUCUUUAACUGAAACUAAAAAUAAAUACCUUGUUAAAUAAUUAUUAGUUAAUGGUUAUCACCAAAACAAUAAUAAUAUUACUAUUUUUCAUUUUAUACUUAAUCUCCAAGUAGGUGUAUUUUGUUCCAUAUCCAGCAUGAAUAAAUCAUUAUAAAAUGUACUAGUUAAAUCAUCUUCUCCAAGUUCUUCAUCAUAAACACCACCAAAUAAGUAUGCUCGACUAUGUCCAGAAAUGGAUGUACCAGAUAAACUGCAACGGGCAGUUGGUAAAGAACCAGCUUGUUUCACUUUUGACCAGCGGCAAUUUGAAAAAUCUAUAUCACCUUCUAUACAAUAAAUUCACAAUAUUUUUUAUUAUAAAUG